CCCCUCUCCACACACCAUCACAGCAACUCUGCUGCGAACCAGUUCGCUCCCUGUGUUGACAGCCGCAGAUCGGUGUGCAAGUUUCACGCAGUACCCAUACGCCUGCUCGACGGACUCUUCGGAGAGUCUUGGGUCUUUCGCUUCUUCCGUCGCGACUUGUUUGACCCCGUGAUCGAUGUCGUGGACGCCCGUUCGCGUCGAUGCUCUCCGCUAAUUGAGAUUUUUUUUUUUUGACUUGACUUGACUUGACUCGACUCGACUCCCGCGCCAAGCCAGCAGCGACAUCUCGACUGCCAGAGAUUCGGCGAUCGCGAGUUCACGAUGUUCUAUUCCGAAACUCUUCUGUCCAAAACUGGGCCGCUGGCUCGCGUAUGGCUUUCCGCCAACCUCGAGCGCAAACUAUCCAAGGCCCACAUCCUCCAGUCUGACAUCGAAAGCAGUGUCAAUGCCAUUGUAGAUCAAGGCCAAGCCCCCAUGGCUUUGCGACUGAGCGGCCAGCUGCUAUUAGGCGUUGUUCGAAUCUACAGUCGCAAAACCAGGUACCUUCUCGACGAUUGCAAUGAAGCAUUGAUGAAAAUUAAAAUGGCAUUCCGCCUAACGAACAACAAUGACCUUCCAGCCACCGUUCCAUUGCCCCCAGGCGGUAUCACCCUGCCUGAUGUUUUGACUGAGUCUGACUUGUUUAUGAACCUGGACACCUCCAUUUUGUUUUCGCAGCCAUUACAGCUCGAGCAACAUGACAAAAGACCCAUGUCUUCUCUUGGUUGGUCGAGUCAACUGCUCCCCGACAGCAGCUCGCCGGAAAAAGCUCGAGCUGUCGAGAGACCUCAUUUGGAAGAUGAUACUGGCCUUGUCCUCGAUUUAGGUGAAGACGAAGAUAUUCCUCUCGGCCACGAUACUAGCAUCGAAAUUGGCAGAGAGGCUCCCGCCGCGCGUCCCGUCGGCGAAGACUUGUUUAGCGAAGAACCUCAAUUGUUCAACGAUGACUUGGAUCUUGACCUUGGGAUGGAUGCUGCUCCGCUCCAUAAAUUUGGUGGUAACGAUACUCGACUUGCGCAAGAGGAAAUAGACAAGGCCGUGCAACAGGAAGAAGAUGUGGCAAUGGGUGGGAUGGGCGAACUGGAUGUCCCCAUUGCAGAGGACACCACUAUUAUGCCAGACCAGGAAAGCGAGCUUUUGCGGGAUUCACAGUCUCCUCUUUCAUCUGCGCGCUCAAGUGUGGUUCGGGACUUGGAGGAUCCUUUCAUGAGUGAAGAUGCUGUUACGGCGCGACAGCAGCAGAGAGCCAAACGGAGAAAGCUAAUCAAACCUGAUAAUGAGACGUUCUUCUCGGCAACCAAGAUUAAGCUGCAGCAGGAUGAUCGCACCAAGAUUCUAAAGCCAGAAUCAUUCCUCUCAUUCCUUCCGCGUGAUCCCGUCCUUCUCACCUUAAUGACCAUGCAGGAAAAGGGACAAUUCGCAACGAGCGUCAUGGGAGGCAGCGGUGUAUACAGCUGGGCUCCAGAACUAAGAAAUAUGUUGUCAAUAGAUUCCGUGCGACAAGCUGGUCAGCUAAAGCGAAAGAGGGACAGCGGAGUUUCCGACAUGGAUAUUGACGGAGGAGAGAAAGCUCCACGUCUCGAAUUAGAAGAAGACGAAGGCAUAGUGCACCUUGACGAAGCAGUCGGUCUUGGAUGCGAGUCAUCAAGCGUACUUAAUGCCACGGAGGUUCAUCUUCCCGUGGAGGAUGAAGCGCAACCUCGUCCGGUGGGUGAAGGGUGGAGUGACGAAGAAGGAAUCGGUCACAGGGACGAAUACGAAGAUGGAGAUACGACUAUCCAGCCCAUUGACAGUGGCCCAAUCUCCCUAGGAACCAAGCACGCUGUCCAUAUCCUCCGCGAUCAAUUCGGUGCCCCACCCUCCGCCGAUACUCCAUCGCAAUCAAGGGGGAAGAGUGUUCUCUUCCAAGACCUUCUGCCCGAGAAACAAACAAGCAAGAGCGAUGCGACAAAGAUGUUUUUUGAAGUUCUCGUUCUGGCUACCAAGGACGCCGUUAAGGUUGAGCAAAGCAGCAACACCAUCGGUGGACAUCUAAGGAUUAAGGGCAAGCAAGCUCUAUGGGGAUCCUGGGCCGAAACAGAAGCUGGCGGCGAAAUUGCGUCCCAGGAAGCGGAGAUUGCCGCUUAAGGCCCUCAACUUGCGAGUGUGGUGAUGCGGUGCCCCUCUCUUCGAUGAUUCCCCUAUUUGGGUACUUUGAUACUUACUUUGGUAAUCCAUGUACGAGCUCUCUUUGGCCGCGCCCUGAUAUUUUUGUUUGUUUCCAUGCUUUGGAAUCUUUUCUUUUCUUUUUUUUUUUUUCGUUUUGUCUUGUUUCCUUGUACGGCUGUUUCUCAUCCAGGAAUAGUGGGAAUAGACCCAAUACCCUUCCCAAACUCAGCAGUGUCAAGGUUUUGUGUAUGAUUUUCCCUUGUCUUCGUUGGGGUUCGAAAAAUGUUUUGGUUGCUUUCAGUCCCUUGGAGGUUCAUUGCACUGAUUGGUUUUUCUCAUUUGGACUUGAGGCGGAUUGGUGCGUUGCGCAUUUAGUUACUUCUGUAGGAUUUAGGAUCUGGGGAUCAAAUUCUUCAACUCGUAUCUUUAAUGAUAGAAAGUUUAGCUUUGCA